AUGACUUUGAUAAAUUCCAACUUUGAUUUUUUGAAUAAACCUUGGUGGGGGCUAGAUUAUGAUGACCGUGAUGUCCAUUAUUUCCUCUCAGAUACCAAGCGUCUCCAACGUGCCAUAUCAUCAGUUGUUAAAAGCGAAAAUGAACUCUUUCGGAAGGGAUACAUUGACCUUCAUCGUGAACGUUAUUUAAUCGAAUGUAUUUCAGCAGAAAGCAAUAUAGAACUUACUGUUAAACAUGUACGACAGCUGUUAAAGGGAUCCUGGUUUAGAACUUUUCUGGACUACUUUUGCAGAAUAUUUUGUGGAAGACACUCCCACUAUUCACGCUUGGCUAAAAAAGUGCAAAACCUCCACAACGCCAUUUAUAAAACUUUCCCAUCCAUAUUCUUUCCUAACCUUUCAAUAGAUAACUUUACACCUUUGCUGGCACAGGAAUUGCACCAACAGAUUGGCGACGGGUUGAUUGAAAAUGCGGGUCAGUACAGGACGCAAUACGUUAUGGCAGCACAAGAAAAUUAUAUUUAUUUGGCACCAGAUUUGAUAAAGGAGAAAAUGAACAAGGUAUUCCGUCAAUGUCAAGAAAAAUUUAGGAGGGAAGAUUUGCAGUUAGAGGAUGCUAUCAAAUUUGGAGCAUGCUUUCUCACUCAUUUCUUAUAUAUCCACCCUUUUAAGAAUGGAAAUGGAAGAGUAGCUAGGUUACUUUUGAGCUAUUUGCUAUCAAAGUUCACUGUGGUACCACUUUCUUUGUAUACAGGAGCGAAAACACGGGAUGUUUAUUUACAGUGUCUGCGUGAAUCAAGGUAUCGUGAUCCAUUUACUCCUAAUGCACUUGCAACUUUUAUACUCGAGAACAUACAUUUGACAUCCCACAACAUUUGUGCAGUGAUGGAUAUAUAUGUUCAGAAUGAUACAUCUAUGGAAUGA